AUGUGUUAGAGUUAAUAUAAUUAAUAAACAAAUUAAUUGGUAAUUAUUGUAUUUAUUAUUGGUAUUGAUAAAAUGGACCCUUCCUAAAGUAUAGAAGAUUUUAGGAAUAGUUUACCAAUUACUGAACAUAAACAAAAGAUUAUUGAAAUAGUAAAGAAUAAUUUAUUUUGUGUUAUUACUGGUGAUACUGGUUCUGGUAAAUCUACUCAGCUACCUCAAUAUAUUUUAGAUUCAUAGGAGAUUUUAGAUGUGCUUAAAGAAAAUUAGAAAAAAUAUGAUUUGUAAAACAAUAAAAAGUCUAAGCUUAACCAUUUGCAUGAAGAUAACAAAGUGAGUGUAGUAAUUACAUAGCCUAGAAGAGUUGCAGCUAUAUCGAUGGCUAAAAGAAUAUGUUAUGAGAGAAAUGUAAGCUUAGGAGAUGAUGUAGGAUAUACUAUUAGAUUUGAUGAUAAAACUUCUUCAAAGACUCAUUUAAAAUAUAUGACUGAUGGUAUCCUUGUCAGAGAAUGUCUGCAAGAUGAUACUCUCAGUAAAUAUAAUGUUGUUAUAUUGGAUGAGGCUCACGAAAGAAGUCUGUAUACUGAUGUUCUUUUUGCUUUAAUCAAAUAGGCUGUAAAAAAAAGAUAAGGUUCCUUAAAGUUAAUUGUCACAUCUGCCACUCUAAACACUGAUUAAUUUUCAAAGUUUUUUGAUAAUUGCCCUGUACUUUCUAUGAAAGGAAAGCUUUAUAAUGUGGAAGUUAGAUACAAGCCUAUUUUAAUGAAUUUGAGGAUUGAGGAAAGUAUAAACAUUAUAAUGAAAAUUCAUUUAAAUGAAGGUCCUGGCGAUAUAUUAGUUUUCUUAACUGGAUCAGAAGAAUGUGAAAUAGCAAAGAAUUAAUGUAUAGAGAGGUUAUAAAAAGAUUUAGAGAAUGGAGUUGAGUUAGCAGGCAUGAUGAUAUUUUCACUUUAUGGAUCAUUAGGUUCAGAAGACUAGCAAUAAAUAUUUAUGAAAACUCCUGAAAAUUGCAGAAAAGUAGUGUUUUCAACAAACAUAGCAGAAACAUCUCUUACUAUUGAUAACAUAGGAUUUGUAAUAGAUUGUGGAUAUGUAAAAUAAAAGUGCUAUAACCCAAGGACAGGUAUGGAUGCUUUGAUAGUAGUUCCUAUUUCAUAAGUUCAAGCAGUGUAAAGAACUGGUAGAGCUGGUAGAACAUAAGAAGGUCUUUGUUUUAGACUUUACAGUAAAAAAUUUUAUGAUGAAGACAUGAAACCACAUACAGUGCCAGAAAUAAAAAGAGUUUCAUUGAAUAGUGUUGUCUUAACAUUAAAGAGUAUGGGAAUACAUGAUGUAAUUAAUUUUGAUUAUAUGGAACACCCUGAUAGAGAGCAGUUGCUUCAAGCAUUGAAAUAACUUUAUUUUCUACAGGCUAUAGAACAAGAUGGAAGAAUUACAGAUUUGGGUAAAGAAAUGAAUAAAUUUCCUUUAGAGCCAUCCUAUGCUAAGUCUCUUCUUACUAGCUAUAUGCUCCGUUGCGAAGAUGAAAUGAUAACUUUAGUUGCUUUGCUCUCAUCUGAGCAAAUUUGGAGUAAACCAUCAAGAGUUAGAGCAUAAGAUUAUGAAAGGUUUGAAGAAUGUUUAAAAAGAUUUGCUGAUCCAGACGGAGAUCACUUUAGUCUAUUAAAUAUUUACUAUUCAUGGAAGAGAAAUAAGUGCUCAGAUGGGUAUGCUAAAUCAAACUUCUUUAACAUAAGAGCCUUGAAAUAAGGAGAGAAUAUCAAAAUAUAAAUAAAUGACUUAAUAAAGAAUAUUGAUAAAGAUGUUUUAAAAAAAUUCUAUAAAGAAGAUUCUAUGUAUUUAUAUUAUAAAGAAAAUAGAGAAAAAAAAGAUUCAGAUUCUAAAAGCAAAAGUAACUCUUAAAAAAAGGAAGAUAAAUAUAAUGAAAAAUUUGAUCAAAAAAAUUAAAAAUAAUAAAAUCCUGUCUUGACUCAAUCUGAUAUCUUUAGGUUAGCCUUAGCUAGCGGCUUUUAUUAUAAUAGUGCUAGAAAAGUUUAAAAUAGCACUGAUAGUUAUUUGCUUAUAUAUCCAGAAGGAAAUGUUGUUGAUAUAGACCCUCAAUCAGUUUAUUCAAUAACUUAAAAUUAUCCUCCUCAUGUAAUUUUUACAGAACUGGGUGGUACGAAUCAAGUUAGAGGAGUUAUGAGAUACGUUUCAUAGAUAGAUCCCUUUUGGGUUUCGCCGUAUAUACCCAUGAUAAAGAAUGUAAAUGCUAAAAGAUUAGCGGGAUUAGAUUAGAAUCAAAAUAAAUAAGAAAUAAUUUAGAAGAAAAAAACAGAUGAAGAAAUAUAAAAAGAGAAGUAAGAUAGAAUAUAAGAAAUAGAAGAGAAAAAAAAAUAAGCCUUAGCUCGUUUGAAUGAGCGCAAAAAAUUAUAAAAAAAUUGA